AUGGCUACUAAGAACCGUCUCAUCCUCGGGACCAUGACAAUUGGUCCCGAUGCCGCCGCCGGCGCCCGCAUCACCUCUCUCGACGAGUACAAGAAGUGCCUCGACUUCCUCACCUCCAAGGGCUACAACGAGCUCGACACCGCUGCCCUCUACGUCGCCGGCAAGCAGGAAGGCUUCACCCGCGAGGCCGGUUUCAAGGAGCGUGGUUUUAAAAUUGCCUCUAAGUGCAUGCCCCAGAGCCCUGGAGAUCACGCUCCGGAGAAACUGCGAGCAUCCUGGGACGUGAGCUUGGAGAAGCUGGGCGUCACUUCCGCCGACAUCUUCUAUCUCCACGCACCUGACCGCGCCACGAGUUAUGAGGUGACCCUCGAGGCAUGCGACCAGCUGUACAAGGAGGGCAAAUUCAAGCAGCUUGGUCUGAGCAACUAUGCUUCCUGGGAGGUCGCUGAGAUUGUUGGCAUCUGCGAGCGUCGCGGGUUCGUCAAGCCUACAAUCUAUCAGGCAAUGUACAAUGGAAUCACCCGGGCCCUCGAGGCUGAGCUGGAGCCAUGCCUGCGCAAGUUCGGGCUUGACCUCGUAAUUUACAACCCCCUCGCCGCCGGCCUCUUCAGUGGCAAGUAUUCCACCCUCGAGCAGCCCGCCGAGGGCCGUUUCAGCAGCACCAACAACCUGGGAAAGCUCUACAUGGAGCGCUAUUUCAAGCAAUCGACGAUGGAGGCCCUGGCCAUUAUCGAGCCGGUCGCCAAGGAGCACAAUAUCCCCCUAAUUGAGGUCGGCCUGCGCUGGUGUAUCCACCACAGCAAGCUGAAGCCGGCUUCCAAGGGCGGCAAUGACGGUGUAAUUAUCGGCAUUAGCUCUUACGACCAGCUGGUGCAGAAUGUCGAGGCCCUCGAGAAGGGGCCUCUACCAGAGCCUGUCGUGGAAGCUCUCGACAAGGGCUGGGCAAGGGCUAGAGGGGAAGCUCCCACUUACUGGCGGUAG